AUCGUAAGUGUGGAAAAAUUGAAGAAAAAAAGAAUUUCGCAGAAAUAAAUGUAAUAAUGAAUUCUUCCCGAGUAGUUGAGAACAAUGAAUUCUCAUUAACCCACUUCCCUUCUUCACUUCAUUUGACUAUCCCAUUUCCCUAUCUCCCAUUCUCAUUCUCCGUCAACAAUCAAUCAACAUAUUAAUUAUGCUUUGUUUGGAAUUGUGGAACCACAAUUAAACAACUGAAUCAUCAACUCACACCUUUGAAUAUAUCAAUCAACUUGAUUUGAAUCAACAAAAGACGAUUCAAACGGUGGAAUUCUUCUCCAUAUCUUGAUCCAGACCCACUUCUCAAUGUCCAGUGACAGUAAAUAAAACAGAUUUAAUUUUUUAGGACCCAUUAUAAAAGGGGCAAGAAGAAGAAGACCCAUCAAGGUAAGAACUGAGAUUGAUAUACGAAUUGAGUCAGUGAUUCUCCUUAAGCAAUCACAGUCAGGUUGGAUUCCUUAUGGGUCUAUCUCUAUCCUUGGUAGCAGAAACUUUGGAAGAAAUUUUCACCUGUGAUCUUAAAGAACAGAUGACAAUGAGAGUUGAUAAAAUUGAAAAAACAGCACUAGAUGUUGUUAAUAUUCCUCAAUCAAAUGAACUUUUGAAGGGAAGCAGUAAGAAUUCGAUUAAUAUAAGUGGAUGUAAACCUGUAACUUUGAUACUUGAAGAAAGUAUUUCUUUCAAGAGUCUAUUAAUAGACCAAGAGACAGGAGAUCAUUCUGAAGUUGUUCCAUCUAAGAAUAAUGUGGAUGAUGCUUCCUUUUUGUCGAUACCCGAACCAGCUGUAUACUUUUCGCCUAGGCCCGUGACUGAGCUUGAAGCUGCAGCUGUUAAGGUUCAAAAGGUUUACAAGAGUUAUCGAACCAGGAGAAACCUUGCAGAUUGUGCUAUUGUUGUUGAGGAGUUAUGGUGGAAGGCAUUGGACUUUGCAGAGCUCAAGCAGAACUCAGUUUCGUUUUACAACAAUGAGAAAAGCGGAACUGCCAUCUCAAAAUGGGCUAGGGCGAGAGUAAAAGCUUCAAAGGUUGGAAAAGGAUUAUCCAAGGAUGAAAAAGCUAGAAAGCUAGCCCUUCAACAUUGGCUGGAGGCUAUUGAUCCUCGCCAUAGGUACGGCCACAAUUUGCACUUGUAUUAUGACACUUGGUUUGAAAGUCAGAGCACCCAGCCUUUCUUCUAUUGGUUGGAUAUUGGAGAUGGGAAAGAAGUAAAUGUUAAAUCUUGCCCAAGGUUGAAGCUUCAAUAUGACUGCAUCAAAUAUUUAGGACCUAGAGAAAGAGAAUCAUAUGAAGUGAUUGUUGAUGAUGGGAAGCUCAUGUACAAGUAUAGUGGUGUUCUUGUGGAUACAACAGAAGUCUGCAAGUGGAUAUUUGUUUUAAGCACGUCGAGAAAUUUAUACGUCGGGAAGAAAUCUAAAGGAAAGUUUCAGCAUUCGAGUUUUCUAGCCGGUGCUGCAACCACUGCUGCAGGAAGGCUAAUUGCUCACAAUGGGAUCCUAAAGGCUAUAUGGCCUUAUAGUGGUCAUUAUCACCCAACAGAAGAGAACUUUCUAGAAUUUAUUAGCUUCCUUGAAGAACACAACGUUAAUCUCACAAAUGUUAAGAAAUGUGCAAUAGAUGAAGACGAGCCAACGAUUGUGAAUGUGGCUGCACAUGAUCAAGAAGAGACUAAACGUAAGCCAAUAUUUAACACGGCUCAUCGGAUGUCAUGCAAAUGGACCACAGGAGUUGGGGCUAGGAUUGGUUGUGUACGUGACUACCCUAUUGAGCUGCAAUCGCGUGCACUUGAACAAGUUAACCUUUCACCACGGACUGAGCCAUUUGCUAGCUAUGGUCCAAUUCCUUCUCCAAGGCCCAGCUCCAAAGUGCGGUUAUCUCCUAGGCUCUCGUAUAUGGGCUUGCCGAGUCCUAGGACCCUGAUUGCCAUGGCUAAUUGCUAACUUUAAUUUGAAGCAAUCAAGUGAGAAAUUUAGAAGAAACUAACCCGAUUUCUUUGUUGUUUGGUAUAAUGUAAUGGUUUGUUAUGAAAUUAAUAAAACAUUCUUCCUUUUGUGAAACUAUUGUAAUAGAAGGAUAACUCAAUUAAAAAUCAA